CACAGGCGUACGCAAUGAAGCUCCAAUUUUGCCGCUAAAGUUGAAGACUCGCAGGGUUUUGUUGCAGGACAGUAGACUUUAUAAUUGUGACACUGGAUUCACCCCUCUACUGUGAAAAUGGGAAUUCAGGGCCUGUUACAGUUUCUAAAGGAUGCUACAGAGCCCAUAAACGUCAAAAAAUACAAAGGCCAGACAGUGGCCGUGGAUACAUAUUGCUGGCUGCAUAAAGGAGCAUUCGCAUGUGCUGAAAAACUAGCCAAAGGAGAACCUACGGAUCAAUAUGUAACAUAUUGCAUGAAAUUUGUGGACAUGCUCUUGUCCUUCGGUGUCAAGCCUAUCCUGGUGUUUGAUGGCCGUAACCUACCAUCGAAGCAGGAGGUUGACAAGGCACGUGGAGAGCGUCGACAGGCCAAUUUACAGCGGGGCAAACAGCUCCUUCGUGAGGGAAAGGUAUCUGAAGCACGAGAAUGCUUCACUCGAUGUGUUAGUGUCACUCCCUCCAUGGCUCAUGAAGUAAUCAAGGCUGCCAGGAUAAGGGGUGUGGACUGUAUAGUGGCUCCGUAUGAGGCUGAUGCCCAGCUGGCCUUCCUGAACAAAGCAGACAUUGCCCAGGCCAUCAUCACAGAGGAUUCAGACCUGCUAGCGUUUGGCUGUAAGAAGGUUGUAUUAAAGAUGGACAAGCAGGGCAACGGUUUGGAGAUCGACCAGAACCACCUGGGGCGCUGCCACACCCUGGGGAACGUCUUCACUGAGGAGAAGUUCCGCCACAUGUGCAUCCUCUCAGGCUGUGACUACCUGGCCUCUCUCUAUGGCAUCGGCCUGGGCAAGGCCUGCAAGCUCCUCCGCAUGGCCAACAACCCUGACAUCCUCAAGGUGAUUAAGAAAAUGGGCCAGUACUUGAAAAUGAACAUAACAGUUCCAGAUGAAUAUAUAGAGGGAUUCAUCAAGGCCAACAACACCUUCCUCUACCAGCUCGUGUUUGACCCCAUCAACAGGAAGGUGGUUCCACUAAACCCUUAUGCAGAUGCAAUUGAUCCAGCAACCCUUGGCUAUGCAGGAGUAAAUGUGGGCGAUAAGAAAGGUUUGCAGAUGGCCCUGGGAAAUGUUGAUAUUCACACGAUGGAAAAGAUAGAUGACUUUGAUCCUGAUAAAACAUCUGUACAGCCCACCAAACCUCGCAGUCGAGGUUGGAAUGAUCGGCAAGAUCGUAAGGCCCUCCAGCACACCAGUAUAUGGAGCAAAGGCUAUGUCCCAGGCCUGACCACCGCUCCCAGUGCCUCCUCAUCUGUCCGGGAGAAGCUCUCUCCCACCAAGGGGAAGGAAAGAGUGGUCAGCAUGAAGGGCCUGAAACUCUCUCUUAAAGAACCACAGGUCAAGAGACUCAGACAAGACUCCAGUAUUUCAGAAGAUGACUUGCUGCAUCAGUACUCUACCUCAGACCAGAAACGGCAACGCACAGAGACCUCACCCCGUGCCAGCGCACCUGUCACGCCAGAGACCAGGGGCUGCAAGGAGAACCGCGCUCCCGCUGAGAACAAACCACGGAACCGGUUUGCUACAUUACUGCAAAGGAGGAACCAAACAGAGAGUGGAGACAAAGAACAUCAUGGAACAGUCAGCAGGUUCUUCCACAGCAGCAGUAGCAGCACAGCAGUGGAGAGUCCUGGUCCUUCAGCACAGGAUUGUUCUUCUCAGGCUGGAUCCGCAGAGAGAGAGAGAGAGUGCUCCAACCUGGUCUGCUCCGAGGGAGACUCCACGCCAAAGACAGAGGCUGACGACCCGCUUCUGGUCUGUGAGGAGUCCUGCAGCCCGCCGGCUUCUCCCCCCGCCCAGCGACCCAGCCAGGGCCUGGGGGUGUUCAGCUGGUCUGGCAGCUCUUCCUCCUCUACCUCCUCCUUUUCCUCACGCCAGCCCAGCACCCCAGCCUUGUCAGGGAUCGCCGCCCUGCAGCAGUUCCAGCGGAAGAAGGAGAUCUGGUCCCGGUCCGGCAUCGUCCAGGGGCACCAGGUCCAGCGACAGACCUCCCGCGUGUCAGACGCAGAUGAGGAAGAGGAGGAGAGGGCGGACAUGUCUGAGAGGGAGCGGUCCCCCAACUCACCGCCCUCCCAGGACAGCGCCUACUUCUCCCAGCCCAAUAGCACCUUUGGCAGCCUGGAGGAGACCCCCACAUCCUCCUUCACACAGCUCCUGGACACGUCCACUCCCACGGAGAUAAAGGGCUCCUCACAAGGCUACUCAGCAUAUUGGGAAUCGUCUUCCCGGCUGAGCCCCGAGGGGAGUCCCACAGACACCUGCAGUCCCACAGACACCUGCAGUCCAGAGAAGGUCAGGUCCACUCCCAUGAGACCAAAGCAGGUAGCAGGCCUUCCUCGCGUGCGGCCCACUGACGCGGGCAGAGUGGGGAAGAUCCGCACCUCUGCUCCGGCGCGGGCCAGCGGCCUACGCAAAAAGCCCGCGGGGUCUGGGAAGAGGUCCAGUAAUGACGAGAACCAGCCGGCCGUGCAGGCCACCAUCAGUGGCCUGUGGAAGAGCUUUGGAUUCAAGAAAGAAACCACAAAGAUUGCUCCAUGUAAGAAAGUGGAACCCAUGUCACCGGUGAAGGAGAAUGUGCCUGCAUCAUGCUCCCCCCACUAGCACCACCACCUACCUCUGUCUUGGAGAAGCCUCUGGACCAGCAAUAUGGCUUUUCUCCAAGGGCCUCACUCUCCUUAACUACUAUACUAUACAUACUAUGUAUGUUAAAGCUGAAGGGAUGAAAUGUUAUGGGAGCUUUCCUGUUCUUUUUUUUAUGUAAAUAAUAAAGUGACAUUUUUUUUUAA